AGCGCACACCAACUACCAAUAGCCCUGGACUCGAGCUCCGUCACAACCAGUAAACUGAAUAACACCAUGGACUUAUUGUCCUCGAGCUGCUGUGAAGCAGUCCUUGGGCAGCAGUUACAGCAGUUUCUACAGGAGCGGGAACUUCUAAAAUCACAGGUGGCAGAGGUGACGGAGUGUCUUAAGAAAGCUCAGCUAGAAACAGACGCAUACGCUCAACAACUCAAAACAGAGAAGGCGCAGUGGCAGCAGCAAAUGCUGAAAAUGGCAGGAGAAAUUGAAAUAUUCAAAAUGGAGAAAAGGCAGGAUGCAAUUAAAAUCGAGGAGCUGAAGGGGAGCCUUGCCCACCUACAAAACCAUCUGGGUAAGAUGGGGCUGGCAUGACCCGGGAGCAGGACUGGCAUCAGAGGGCUGUGGGGGUGGCUUAGAGUGCCCCAGGGAGGUGGGUGGCUGGAAGGGCUUUGAGGCAGAGGGAAAGAGGCCUGUGCCAGGAGAUGGCAAGUCUUGUAAUCUCCAUGAGCCUCAGUGUCCCCAUCAGCAAAGAGGGAGGGGUUCCCGUUGUCAGCCACCCACAGUGCUAUCUAUCUGAAAGUGGCUUGGAAGACUGGCUACAAUUUGGGUGUGAGGAAUCAUUAGCAGUGAGGCCAGGUUUGGGGAGCCUGAGAGGAGCUGUGCACCCAGAAGAGUGUUUU